GUUCAACAAACCGAUCAUGUCACAGAAAUGUGCUGUUUCAGUUAUUCAACGAUACGAUAUACCAUUCAUUUAUCGUCAGCGAUAGAGUUCGUUGUCGGUUAACCAAAUCAUCCAAUAAUUUUGUCAGUCGCGUGCAUUUCACGGUGUACGAACAUUUUAUUGUUUUCCAAUGAAAAUGUGAACAACUUUUUCCAUUAUUGAAAAUGUAAGCGGAAAUCUCCACGGAUUUCAUUUCGACGAACAGUUUCAACUAGAUUGUGAAGUGCAUUCAUGGCUUUUUUUUUUGUUUAAAUCAUGCAUGCAAUCAUUCGAGAGAAAAAAAACGCUAUUGAUGCAACGACAAAUAUUGUUUGUUUGAAAUUCAAACUGUAUGAAUUGAGCUAAAGUGUUUUUGAUUCCGUAACUGGAUGUUUUUCGCAAAUAUUUGUAGUCUCAGUGAAAUUGAGACGAAAGAGAAAGCAAAAUUUGUGAUGGGAUUAAUUUUAUGAAUUUUUUCGGUGAAUUUCCUUAACCUAUCGAACAGGAUCUAUAUAAAGGAAGACAAAAAAAAUAACCUUGAACAUUUGACAUUGGUAAUAAACAGUGUUUAUUUAACACCUGGUUCUUUCAUAACUCAAGUUAAAUGGUUCAUUUGAUUGUGGUUUUAAAGAGAACAUCACCUCAUGCUAAUCAUGCUAAUACAGGUUUAAAAAGUGGGCCAAAGUGAAUGCGGUUGAAUUAAUGGAGAUUUAAUGAUCCAUCAUCAUAUUUCUCUGUGGUUUUAAAAUGGAUAAAUAUUGUGCGUGAUCCAAAUAGACCAAGAAAAAAAAAUCGAGUGAAUGCAAAGGAAAAGUGGAACGAACCGUGAAGAAAAAUUUUAAUUGCGGAAAUCCGACGAGAGAACCACGCUAUAAAAAGGAGUAGGAACAUCAGUGUGGCUGAGUAUACAAUCGUUUAGAUCUUUGAAAAGAGGGCUCCUUUCGUACGUGAUCACGCACCAUCAAGCACAAGGCAAACUAUAUCAUUUCAACAUUUUAAUCACGUACGUAUUGAAGCAUCAAACAGUUGGUAGGCCAUUGUCUCGUUUCACUCACCCGAACAAACAAAGACGAUUGCAUGAUACAGAGGAUCAAACUUUUUGAAAAUCCUAUUCACGACACUGUUUCAAACAAUUCUUGUAAAACUGGCGUGGCUGGCCCAUUUCAUACGAGCAUAAAUCAAGAAAGUCUAAUCAACACAGCCCACAUCAGAUUUUAACGGAGCAAAAAUUUUGGCGCGUAAAAGAUCAUCGCACGGAGCCAAAAAUGGGAUCGUUUAAUAUGGUGUUUAAAGCAAAUAGAUGCGAUAAUGAGACUAAUCACGAAAACACAUUCGGCGUAUCAUAAAUUAACCGAAGAAGUCAUUCGACCAAAACGAUUACGGACUAGAAAAGUCGACCGUUACAUGCACACACGCCGUUCCAGCUGCGAUAAGUGGACCGCACAAGCGUCCGCCUGAGAGAUUCUUAAAAACCAUCUAAAGUCGCCAGCGGCAAAAGGAAGAGGAGAACACAAAAAAUUAAUGAAAAUGCGAUAUAAAGUGAAUUUUCAUGUUUUGCUGUAUUUUUUGAGUAGCUGUUGGACAAUGAUGGGGAGCCAAGUACCGAACCUUUUGAAUCACGGCGAUAGCAAAACCAGCAGCAGCAGCAACACUACCACUACCACCACCACCAAUGACACAACAGAAGCAAACACAUUUUUAAUAAAUGUGAAUAAUAAUAGUAAUCACAGCAACGACGAAAAAGCAGCAUUUGAGCACACAACACAUUUAGCUAGCACUAACGAUAGGAUUGCCACUGCACUUGCAACGAAUAAUGAAACGAAUCACACUAAAAUCCAAACGACAAAUGGAAAUUACAGCGAGGAAUUACGCGGAUCAACACAAGCGCUGGAAUCGGAAGUGACGGAAACGCACCAAUUCAAAUCAAUGUCAUCGAUAAAAGAGGCGUUGAUGUUGGUAUCGCCUUGGCCCCCACCAGUUGUCGCAAAUCAAUUGAACAACAAGUAUUUCGUUAAUCAAGUGCAAUCAAAUUUGAGCACUACACUGCUGGACUCUAAUCAUUCGGCUACAUCGAAUGGCCAGGGUAUUGUUGAGACAUCAACGGUCGCAACAAUUCAAGCAGCUGUUGGUGCCAAUAAAUAUUUUGUUAGCAAUGUUUCAUUAUUAUCGAUAGAGGACGUGACACAGAGCUCAUCAACAUUAUCGUCGUCAUCGUCGUCGUCGUCGUUGUCUAAAUCACGUUUUAAAGCAACUGUAAAUCCAUUGUCUGCAUCGAAUAAAAAUAAAACCGUUCAGCAGCAGCAUCAUCAUCAUCACGGCAAGACAAAUGGUUCGGCACCGAGCAGUCGUACUCACUUUCAAAUCGCACAAAAACAGUUGACUCUAUCCAAAAAUAUACGUACCGAACCGCCACCAAUGCUGAAUCACAUACUUGAUUCACUGUCUGUGUCGAACAGCAAACAUCUUCAUCACGAUCAUCGAUAUGGACCACAUUUUGAGGAUAUACCAACCAUUGGAAACGUUACGAAUAUCACAGUGCCCAUUGGAAAUGCUGUUUAUCUUAAUUGCCGGAUCAGCUUAUUGCAAGAUAAAACCGUAUCAUGGGUGCGACGGAAGCCGGGUGAAAGCGGACUUGAAUUGCUGACGGUGGGUAAUCAAACGUAUUCGGGCGAUAGCCGAUACAAAAUCGAAUUUCAGUAUCCAAACAACUGGAAGCUCAAAAUUGAAUCAGUGGUUCGUGAAGAUGAGGGCACAUAUGAAUGUCAGAUCAGUACGUACCCGCCCCGUGUUAUACAAAAGAAUAUAUUUAUUAUUGAUCCAAAGGUGGUCAUUAUAGACGAAGAGGGUUCAGCUCUGCAAGAUAAAUACUAUGAGGUGGAUUCAACGCUGCAAUUAUCGUGCAUUGUGCGAAAUGUGAAAAUGAUGUCGAGCGCAGUUUACUGGAGUCACGGAGAGCGCAUUCUUAACUAUGAUGUCGAAAGAGGUGGUAUUAGUGUUAAGACAGAAAUCCUGGAUAAAGGUGCUAAUUCAUCGUUGCUCAUUGCCAAGAUAAAUAAGGCGGAUUCGGGUAACUACAGCUGCUUCAUAAAUGCAACACAUGAAUACACGGUUUCGGUGCAUGUACUGAAUGGAGAAAGCUUUGCGGAAUUGCAUCAUGGAAACGGAGCAAUAGCAGCUAUGAAGCACGAUUUGUCGACUGAGCUGCAUAUAUUCUUGUUGAUUUUAUUGAAUGUUAUUUGGUUUUAUGUGCAGCAAGCACACGGCAGAUAACUGAUGUCCGGGCAUCAGGCGUAACAUUGUAUCGCCUACCGUACGCACACACAUACAACUCACAUCAGCAUACACACACAGACACACAGCACACUAACCCAUUUUGAAUAGAUGUUUUCGUAAUUUACCGCAUCAAAAUUGCUAUUUUCAAUCUCGAAGCGUACGUUGAUGAAUCUUCUCUCGUUCGAUGUUUGAUCCGGGGGAUUUUGGGUGUGCAAAUAAGCACAAAAUUGUCGAAAUCAAGUGUGAAUGUGCUCAAGGUGCAUGGAACGAGAUUAUUUGUGAAAUGUACCACACGAGAACCAAUGGCCGAGACCCGGGACAGACAUCAUGUUCGGUAUCUUGUUUAAUUGUAAUAAGCCCGACUGACAUGGCCUACAAUUCCACAAUGCAAGUUGCGAACCGAACCGGAGUUGAGACAAACAUGAAUUUAUUUCGAAAUUGAUUUCGAUGGGUAAAUUAGUAGAUAGACGAUAUGUGUUGUGCGCUGUGUGUAAGUUGCUACAAAUAUAGCAGGACAACGGUGAGUGUGUAUUUCAAAGUGAAUUCCGAAUUUACUAAACACGAUGAUGGCACGAUUUUGUGAGACACACAUUUCUUGGUCAGUGUCACGCAUGCCAAACAAAAACCUCUAAUUUCAACCGCAGAAUAUUCAUUUCUGUACCGCUUUUUUGUGGCAACGGCACCGGCAACAUCAACAGUAGCAGCAGCAGUGUGGCGACGACAGCGGCGACGGAAAAAUCAUUCCCAGUCGAACGACAACACUUCGUCCGUGUAUGUGUGCGCGCGUGAACUCGACACAAUUCGAAAAACAAUUUCAAACAUUUUGUAUAACAUUUGUUGGUUUUUCGACAAACAACAUCAAUUAGUAUUUAAAUGAAGUUUUUGUAAGAUCGAUUCGGGGCAAAUUGUAAAUGGUACAAAUGAAUAAUAACCAAAUUCAUUCCGAAUGUUACUCUAUAUCGCUGCUGUAAACAGUAUGAACAUUCAUUUUGUUUAGAUUUUAUUUUUAUUUUUCAUCUUAUUUUUAGUCCGAUUCAGUUUUGUAAAUAAUUUGACAUUCGUUGGAAAUUUGUGUAGCUAUUUCAAUUCUCUACGGAUAAUCACAAUGAUAUCGAGGGACGUACCAUAUAUCUAUAGAGCAAAAAUAACUUAUCAUGAAUAUGAUUAUCGAGGGACAACAUUGAAAUUUGUUGCAAAGAAAAAAAACACAGAGAAUAAAGCAUAAGAAGAAGAAGAAGAACGCUAAGUUAUUAACUACUCAAAAUACGUUAAUUCACUUGAUCAUAAAUUUAUGAAGAAAAAAAAAUACACACAAUAAUUAGAAAGCGAAGUAAAUAAAUAAAAAGGUACCAUGAAUAAAAGAAGAAACCAAAUAAUGUCUAAAAUUAUCUUAAGAUGAACUUUUAAAAUCCCGACGAAAACUUUUCGUUUCAGCAGGUUUUUGCAUCGAAUGAAUUUUACAUAUAUUUCAUUUUCUUCGCAUUUCCCUGAAAAGAAUUUCCCUUGGUAUUAGGAGUAAAAACCCGAAUCACGUUUCUUCUGUUGUAAUUUAAACAUUGAUCGAUGCUUUCGAACAACGAACCAAAUGGAAACAUUAGAGAUAAUGGAAAUGUGUCAUCAAAAUGUAUUUGAUUUUACGGGCACAGAAUCUGUGCCACAAAUAUGUGAUAGUUCAUUUCAAAUAUGUACUUGCUCUCGUUUAGUUUUUUUUUCUCUAUUUUUAUUCUUUUUCAGUCUGUUUUCAAUUGAAUUUUAAAUGAAUAAAACGUCGUCACAAGUGAAA